AUGCCACCUAUUAAUCCACUUUUUCCUCGUAACUAUAAUACUCCUCGAAUUCUUUCACAAUCACAACCUAAACCCGUACCUUCAGAGGACCCAAAAGAUUGUACUUUUUGUAAAAUUAUAUCAGGACAAUUAUCGUGUGUGAAAGUAUUUGAAAAUGAAGAAGUAUUAGCUUUUCUAGACAUAGCACCAAUUUCUAAAGGUCACACUUUAGUAGUUCCAAAAACUCAUAUUCCUCGAUUAACUUUAGCCCCACCUUCGAUAAUGUCUUCUUUAGGCUCUGUAUUACCCCAAAUCUCAAAUGCCGUAAUCCAAGGUGUUGGCGCUAAGGAUUUUAAUUUGCUUCAAAAUAAUGGAAUUAUUGCAGGUCAAGUAGUUUUUCAUUUACAUUUCCAUAUUAUACCAAGAUUUAAAAAUUGGGAUGGUAGAGAUGUAGGAAGAUUAAAAAUAAGUAAAGAUGAAAGUGAAAAUAUUGAACAGUCCUAUCCCAAGGAGCAACUCAUCCUGAACACGAGCAAUCCUAUUCUAAGGAGCAACCUCAUCGCAGUCCGUGUCACAACAAAAGAGAAAAUUGUCGAUGAUGUUGAUGAUGUGUCACAAUAUAAGGCUGGCGAUUACGAAGCUGCAGCUGCCGCCGAAUUGAAAAAGAAGAGAACUUUUAGAAAGUACUCUUAUAGAGGAGUUGAUCUUGAUCAAUUAUUAGACUUGACUAGUGAUCAAUUGAUGGAUUUGCCUGAAAUGAUCGGCCAUUAUCUCGCGGAAUUCUCUAUCUCAUAUAAACACGGUCGUCCUGUGUCAAUGGUCAAUUUGACCUUUGCUGAGAAUAUUCAAAAUGAUAAUUUUAAAGAAUCACUUACGAUUAAAUCGCUUUCAGACGGAAAGUUAUUAACCCAUUUUCAAUUCAACGUUAGAAUUGGAGGAAUUGAGGAAGGCAAAGCUUUCAACCAUUAUAAGUUCUUUCCGCGUGCGAUAGGACAAAUAAUUCAGAGUUAUAAUGCGCGUGAGUUGCACUUGACAUUUACACAAGGACGAUGGAAUUAUGAAGACUGGGGUUAUCCCAUUGUUCCAUCAGCAGGAAUUGGAGUAGAACUUUGGGCAUGGCUAUGGAAAGAUGGAAAGCUAGAUGAAAAUUGGAAGUCAUUGACAAACGCUCUUGCCGGACUUUUUUGUGCUUCGUUAAAUUUUAUAGAUGAUACGAUUACCGUUCAGCCAAAAUUAUCGUUUCGACCAGAAGGGCCGUAUAACGCUACGGAGUUGUCGACAGAUGCUGAACUCAGAUACGGAUCCUUACCUCAUGAAAAUGUUUGUACUGAAAAUUUGACACCAUGGAUUAAACUUCUUCCUUGUAAAUCGAAUUCCGGAAUAGCAUCUCUUUUGAAUGGACACAAAUUAUAUGAUUCUAAUUUUCAUUCGAUGUCCAUUCACGUACGGCCAGUAUGUGAGAAUUCGGAAUGUUUGAGAAAACAGUUAGAAAUCGUUCAGACUGUGUCCACUGUCGUAGAUCCUGUAAGGAAUUCAGGAAAAAGAGAUUGGAGUUUGAACCAGAUUUUUGGAAGAAGUCUUUCACAAGCUUGUCCUUUAGCUGAAGAAAGCAAGUUAGAAAUAAAUUUACCCGAAGAUGGUGAUUAUAAAUUAAGUCCUGACGCGGAUGACGUCAUUCAGAAAACUGAAGGUGACACGAGUAAAGCUGUGUUUUAUCUCAAAAAUGUACAAUCAAAAACAGAUGUUUCGAUGACAUGGAAAGAAGAUUUGUUCGAAUACAAUCUUAAUUUCGAACAACCGCGCGUUUAUGCACAUCGUUUUUUUACGGGUUAUGGCCAAGAAAGAGGCGGAAUUAAAAUCAAUAUAUUUAACAAAAGUUCUAAUAUCACUGUCCCAAUAAUAUAUUUUGACGUUAUUCCAUGGUUCUUGAAAUUAUAUCUUCAUACGCUAAAAGUCCAAAUAAAUGGAGUGGAAGCACAAUAUAAUCCAAUAAAGGAUUUGUAUUAUCAGCCGGCUGUGGAUCGUUCACGUCCGAAUGUUAUUGAAGCAGAAUUAUCAUUGCCACCUAAUUCCAUAACAACUCUCUCGAUUAAUUUUGACAAAGUAUUUUUAAAAUAUACCGAACAUCCACCGGAUGCGAACCGUGGUUUUGACAUUGGUUCUGCAGUAAUAUCCACUAAAGUUGAAUCUAUUGAUGACUUCAAAUAUUCGGACGAAAGAGCAACAAGAAAUUGCUCCGAUAACAUGUCAAAAACGGCAUGCCAUCAUUUCCCUAUCCGUGUAUAUACAGAAACGCUUCUUGUUAGUCUCCCUACACCAGAUUUCAGCAUGCCUUACAAUGUUAUAACAUUAACAUGUACGGUCAUUGCACUUUUCUUUGGAAGUAUGUUUAAUUUAAUGACCAGAGGUUUUAUCGCGUUACGUCCUAGCGAAGUUAACGAAGGUGAAGUUAAAGCUUAA